CUCUGCAGCCACUUAGAAGGAGUAAUGAAGAGAGAGGAGCCGUCGUCCUGCUGAUGCCAGGACUCCUGGGAUGAAGUAACAACCACUUCUUCUAAUUUUUUUUUUCUAAAGGACAUCCCUUGUGCAUUUUUUAGGAAGAACAAACAAGAAACUGCAGAUUUGUCAUAUCCAUCAAUUGGAUGCAAGCAGAGCCAGGCCAAACUAACAAUGGGCCCUAUACACCUGUGUGUCCUCCUACCAGUGGCAACGUUGCUUCUGUCCGUUGUCGCUGCUGAGCUGACAACAACGGUUGAUGACGAGUACACUUGGCCUCAAUGGAAUUUGCCUCUGGUAAGGAAAAGGCGCACUCUGCCGCUGAGCAGUCCCAACUUUUCAGCUCAUCCCAAAGCGGAAGUGAGCGGAACUUGCGGGAUCGAGUGCCAGCGCGGCCUGCCAUUGCCCUCCCUGGAGGAACUGGAACAGUUCCUGUCCUACGAGACGGUUUAUGAGAAUGGCACACGCACGUACACCUCUGUGUCAGUGCAAGGUCUCGGCGAGGUGACAGAUUGGUCUAGAAACGACUCCUCCAGGACCCGUCACAAAAGAGAGGUGUACGGCACGGACACUCGCUUCACUAUUGCUGAUAAGCAGUUCUCCACUAAAUAUCCCUUUUCCACCACUGUCAAAAUCUCCACGGGAUGUUCAGGAGUUCUGGUGUCACCCAAACACGUGUUGACUGCUGCCCACUGCAUCCACGACGGAAAGGAUUAUUUGGAUGGUGUCCAGAAGCUUCGCGUUGGCAUUCUCAAGGAGAAAUCUAGAAGAGGGAAAGGAGGCAAAGGAAGAGGAGGACGAGGGAAAGGCAAAAAGAGAAAGGGGGACAGUGCUAAAGAAGAAGUCAAGCAAGUGGAGGAGAAAGGAUCGACCCGAAAAGGAAAAGGCAGAAAGAGCCGAAGUCGUCGCAGCGCGGAGGUGGAGAAACCUUCCUUUCGGUGGACCAGGGUCAAGAAAACACAAGUUCCUAAAGGUUGGUUCAAAGGUGUGUCUGAUGGACUGACAGCAGAUUAUGAUUAUGCGGUUCUGGAGCUGAAACGAGCCCCCAAAGUCAAGCACAUGGACUUGGGUGUGAUUCCCUCAGUCAAGAAACUCCCAGCAGGAAGAAUCCACUUUUCUGGUUUUGAUGAUGACCGACCGGGGAAUCUCGUUUACAGGUUCUGCUCUGUGUCUGAGGAGUCCAAAGAUUUGUUAUAUCAGUACUGCGAUGCCAAACCUGGUUCCAGCGGCUCUGGCGUAUACAUCCGUCUUAAGGAGCCUGGCAAGAAAAAGUGGAAGAGAAAGAUCAUCGGAGUGUUCUCUGGCCAUCAGUGGGUGGAUGUUAAUGGUGACGGGCUGCAGCAGGAUUACAACGUUGCAGUGAGGAUAACGCCUCUCAAGUAUGCCCAAAUCUGCUAUUGGGUCCACGGGGACUCAAGUGAGUGUCAAGUGUCCUAAGACCACACAAGUGGACACUACCUACAUCCCCUUUGAUACCAAAGGAAAGCCAGUAUCCUGGACCCUUCGCUUCCUGUCAGCAACCUGUUGCCCGCUUCGCUUCCUGCCUGUGCCUCUCACGACAUUCAUCUACGAACAGCCAUACAGACUCAGUGUUGACAACAACAGGAACUCGAUAGCACAUUAAGAGAACUGUGGCUUUUUUAAUUUAUUUGCAAAAAACUGAGAAAAAUUUGUAUUUGAAUUGUUGACAGAUGAUUCCGAUCUGCAGUUUUGUUUUAGAUUCUUGUCAAAUUUUCAAGAUGUGUGUCAAAUUGUCUAAAUGUGUGGGGGUUUUUUUGUUUGUUUGUUUUGUUUUGUUUUUAAUCUAACAAAGCUUAGCGAUACUGGCUGUACUGCAAGCUUUCAUGCUAGGGAUUGUGAUUGGCAUUGACAAGACCCAGUAAAGAAAUUUAUGUUACCUAUACUAGAUUAAAAAAAGAAGACUGUAUGGAAAUAAUCAAUACAUGAAUGAUGAACUUUUAACACGUUGGUGUUUUGCGAUGUUUAAGUUUUUGUAUGUAUGUAGCAUUCUAUCACUUUCCGUUUCUAAUGAACCUUGCAUUGAAGUAAUCCCGUCAUCUUUUCUAUUUUUUUUCAAUGUGUUGAAACAUGAUUUCAUUGAUGUGCACAUAAUUAUAUUGGUGCUAUAGAAUACAUGGUGUUAAUUUAUCAAACUAAGCUUUUUAUUCCCAGGGAAAGGGGAGCUUACUACUGUAACUAUAAAUUUGAGGGUUUUGUGCUAAGAUUGGAUUUAAUGGAUUUCAAUAAUAUACUUGAUAAUUUAAUUUUUUUCUAUCAUGCAUAAGGUUUAAUUUGACCAAAGAUGUCAGAAUAUUGUUGUAUAAGAACAAUUUGUAAGAGAAAUAUUUUGUUUUCUUUUUAAAUGAUGUUCCUUAAACACAUUGUGUAAAACAUAAUAAAUACCAGUCAUGUGAUAUUAAUGAUGCAGACUGAUCAGAGUAAAUGAAUGCAUGGGUGUUCUUGGCUAUAGGCAGGGGUGCACAUAAGUGGUCCGCAUGCGCCCAUGCGUACCGGACGUAGACAAACGCGCUGGCCCUCAACGGCUUCCAUACGCUUUUGCGUACCGAUGGCUGACCACUGUAUUUGCGGCGGACACGAGAAAAUAACUUCUCAAAAUGUCAAAGAGGCAGGCCCCACUGAGUAAUUACUUCCGUGUUCCCCCACCCCCGUCAAAAGACAGACAGACGGCAGAGACGUCACCAGAGCUACCGAAAAAAAAGGACUUUUGCUGAAAAGUGGCUGCAGUAGGUACCAUGGCUAGAAGCAAAUGAUGCUCGCGCGGAAAUAUGGUCCAAAAUUUGCCGUGUGAAGCCGGUAACACCAGCAACGUUAACGUCGCGUCAACGAUCCCGCCGCGAUAACGCACCAGUGACGCUCGGCGACAAUUUCCAUGGGACGCGUUUCACGAGCAGCGCGUCUGUGGAGCGGCUCGAUCAGUUCACGCGAGGAUUUGUAAGAUCGCGCGAGAAUAGCGGGUAUUUAAAGGUAAUAAAACAACACUUUGCCUUUCAGACCCCGCGUAUUGGCCAGCUUUCUUUUUGAAAGAAAGAAGAAAAAAGUCAUGUGCUAAAGCAAAAAGCAAUCCCAAUGACAAAGAUUUUAACAUGUAUUUUACAAAUUAAAUGCCUCAAUCAUUUUUUUUUCUUAUGAACAGGGGUGCACAUAGGUGGUCCGCAUGCGCGCAUGCGUACUGGACGUAGACAAACGCACUGGCUCUCAACGGCUUCCAUACGCUUUUGCGUACCGAUGGCUGACCACUGUAUUUGGGGCGGACACGAGAAAAUAACUUCUCAAAAUGUCGAAGAGGCAGGCCACACCGAGUAAUUACUUCCGUGUUCCCCCACCCCCUUCAAAAGACAGACAGACGACAGAGAAGUCACCGGAGCUACCGAAAAAAAAGGACUUUUGCUG